UUCAAAUAGAAGAUGAACAAACAGUCAAAGCACAAGUUAAGAAAUGGAUCGAAAUAGUGUUAAAUUCCUUCUCUUAAUAUUGACAAACCUUUUCCUCUUCGGAGCUUCUUCUUCCAUCAAUCAUGGCUACCACGAUUUUCUCGAAUGCUUAAUCCAUGAAUUCCAACUCUCAAAUUCAGCAACUGAUAUAAUCUACACUCCUCAAAAUGCAACAUACGCAUCUCUUUUACUAGCACAAAAUCUCCGGCCAGCUUCCUCCUCGCCGGUGAAACCCGACCUCAUCGUCACGCCGUUCCACGUGUCGGAAAUCCAGGCCGCAGUCCGCUGCUCCCGGCUUCUCGGCCUCCAGAUCAGAGUCAAGAGCGGCGGCCACGACUACGAAGGCCUUUCCCACACCUCCGCAUCCGAGCCUUUCGUAAUCGUCGACAUGAGAAACUUCCGGGCAGUAAACGUCGACGAGAAGGCGAAAACAGCCCGCGUGGAGGUCGGCGCAACGCUCGGCCAGCUCUACUACACAAUCUCCCUCAAAAGCAGGACUCUCGCUUUCCCCGCCGGCGCUUGCCCCACCGUCGGCGUCGGCGGCCACUUCACCGGCGGCGGCUACGGCAUGAUAGCCCGCAAGCACGGCCUCUCCCUCGACCACAUCGUCGACGCUAAGGUCAUCAACGCCGACGGUGAAACCCUGGACCGGAAAAGCAUGGGCGAGGAUCUGUUCUGGGCAAUCAGAGGCGGCGGAGGUACCAGCUUCGGGAUUGUUCUAGAAUUCACCGUGACGCUAGUCUCCGUCCCGGAAACCGUCACGGUCUUCAGAGUGACACGAACGUUGGAGGAAAACGCGACAGAGCUAGUCCACAAAUGGCAAUACAUCGCCCACAAAAUGGACGAGAAUCUUCUCAUCAGACUUUUCCUGGAUCUGGGCCGCAGCCCAGAGACAGGAAACCGUACAGUCGUGGCAUCGUUUGCCGCGCUGUACCUCGGUGGGACCCACGAUCUUCUGGCAAUAAUGGAAGAGCAAUUUCCCGAACUCGGAUUAAUUAAAUCAGACUGCAUCGAGAUGAGCUGGAUCGAAUCAGCUGUUUUCUUCGCGAGAAUUGAGAAUCGGACGGUGGACGUUUUGCUGGACCGGACGCCGGUAGGCGGCGCCGGCUACUACAAAGGAAAAUCCGACUACGUGAGCUCUCCGAUGCCAGUGAGCGGCCUGACAGAGUUAUGGAGGUUUCUUCUAGAAGAAGAAGGGUAUGACUUGCAGUUUAGUCCUUACGGGGGAGUUAUGAACACCUUCUCCGAUGAGGAAACGCCGUUUCCUCAUCGGAAGGGGAACAUAUUCAUGAUCCUAUACGAAAUGGGUUGGAGGAGUGAAUCAGAAUCACAAGCGCGCCUUGAUGCGAUCAGACGGCUCUACGGCUUCAUGGCGCGCUACGUCACCCGGAAUCCGAGGGGGGCUUACUUCAACUACAAAGAUCUCGAUAUCGGAAGAAACAAUGAAGCUGGGAAUACGAGCUACGAUCAAGCUAGUGUUUGGGGGCUCAAAUAUUUUAAGAAUAAUUUUAAAAGAUUGGUUCGUGUGAAGACUAAAUUCGACCCCUCAAAUUUCUUCAGAAACGAGCAAAGUAUUCCGCCAUUGGGAUCGUACUUAGAAGAUGGACUUCAUAACCCAUAUUAGGUACUUAUUCGAAAUUAGAAGGUCGACAAAAUGUUGGAUGAUUGAUGAAUAAACUAUUUUUGCUAUUUUAUUUAAAAAUUUAUGUAUUGGCACUUGCGUUAUUGGUCUUAUCCAUAAUCGAGUUCAGCUA